AUGGGAAACGUUCAACCCACCGUUGUUCCUUAUGCAGACUUUGAUGUGAUGUCUGAUAUCAACGGCAUACGCAAAGCCUGCACAGGUUUGGGGACAGAUGAAGAGGCCAUAAUUUUAAUUUUAGCCAACCGGUCUGCUGCCCAGAGGUUGGAAAUUAAGCAAGCCUAUUUUGAAAAAUUUCACAAUGAGCUGGAGAAGGUUCUGAAGGGCGAGCUAACGGGCAGCUUUGAAAAAGCCAUCAUUGCCAUGCUGGACCCUCCGCCUGUCUACGCCGCCAAGGAGCUCCGCAAGGCCAUGAAGGGGGCGGGCACUGACGAGGACGUGCUGGUGGAGAUCCUGUGCACCAGCAGCAACCAGGAUAUCAUAAACCUGAAAAAGGCCUACACUAAAGUAAACGGGCGUGACUUGGAGUCUGACAUUGAGGGUGACACUAGUGGAGAUGUGAAGAACCUGCUGACCUCUCUCCUUCAGGCCAACCGGGACGAAAACUAUGAGGUGGAUGAGGGCUUAGCUCAGAAAGAUGCAGCAGCAUUAAUCGAGGCUGGAGAGGGCCGGUUUGGGACAGAAGAGUCCACCUUCACCCACAUCCUCACACACAGGAACCACCUGCAACUCCAAGCCACAUUCAAGUCCUAUGCAUCACUCUGUGGCACUGACAUCCUGGACUCCAUAGAGAGUGAGGCCACUGGGACGUUAAAGGACUGCUAUAUCACCCUUGUGCGCUGUGCCAAAAACCCCCAGCUGUACUUCGCUCGCCGACUGAACGCUGCCGUGAAGGGAGCUGGUACUGACGAGAACAUACUCAUCCGCAUUAUUGUGGCCCGCUCCGAGAUUGAUCUGGAGACCAUCAAAGACAUGUACCUGGAAAAGUAUGAUGUGACUCUGAAGGACGCGCUGAGCUCUGACUGCGGCGGCGACUUCAAGCGUCUGCUGAUGGAGCUCCUCCACUGAGAGACGGCCACGCAGACGGCCAAGCUGCCACACCAGCUGGCCUACUCUCAGCUCCUGCCAACCAACAGAAGGCAAACCUACUGCCUUCUCUUCGACAGGACCACGUGAUUGUGUACUGUUGUUUAAAUGGGACUAGUUAGAAA